AAUACCCAGAAUGGUGUUCCUGAAGUUCCUCUGGAUGGGUUUCUUCUGCUACCUGUGUCAGGGCUAUUUCGAUGGCCCUCUCUACCCGGAGAUGUCCAAUGGGACUCUGCACCACUACUUCGUCCCCGACGGGGACUAUGAAGAGAAUGAUGACCCCGAAAAGUGCCAGCUGCUCUUCAGGGUGAGUGACCACCGGCGCUGCUCCCAGGGGGAGGGCAGCCAGGCCAGCAGUCUGCUGAGCCUCACCCUGCGGGAGGAGUUCACCGUGCUGGGCCGCCAGGUGGAGGACGCUGGGCGCGUCCUGGAGGGCAUCAGUAAGAGCAUCUCCUACGACCUAGACGGGGAAGAGAGCUAUGGCAAGUACCUGCGGCGGGAGUCCCACCAGAUCGGGGACGCCUACUCCAACUCGGACAAGUCCCUCACUGAGCUGGAAAGCAAGUUCAAGCAGGGCCAGGAACAGGACAGCCGGCAGGAGAGCAGGCUCAACGAGGACUUCUUGGGGAUGCUGGUCCACACCAGGUCCCUGCUGAAGGAAACGCUCGACAUUUCUGCAGGGCUCAGGGACAAAUACGAGCUGCUGGCCCUCACCAUCAGGAGCCACGGGACCCGGUUAGGUCGGCUGAAAAACGAUUAUCUUAAAGUGUAGGUGGAAGGGCGCCCUUCCUGGAGAGGGCGUCACACCAGCGCCGUUGGUGGGGUCGGGGGGAGGCGGGACGGAGAGGGAAAAGAGGGGCUGACAUUUCCCUUAUACUUAUUAUUUUUUUAUAUCCAGAUUUGCACUUGGAGAGUGAUCUGACAUCAUCUUUUAAAAGAAAUAAGUGAGAGUUGAGUGGGUUUGUUUUUGUACAUUAUUUAUGUGAUUGCUAUUGACUUGUCACCUGGAAGGAACACUUGAAGGCCAUGGCUCCCACCUUUCCUGGAGGGCUUUCUAACUUUGCAGAGACACCUGUUUCAGCCACAUCUAAAAGGACACGGUCUAUGCAGUAGAGACUGACGAACCUUCCCCAUCCUGGAGAUUACGUGGAAAUACCCAGAGAGCAUGGUGCACGGCUCCUCGCCGCCUGCCGGCUUCUCUCCAGGCUCUGAAAGCUGUCACAGUUACCUGUUUUCAGAUGGGGUUCAAGGUGCUGCUCUGCAUGUCCGCCCGUGGAUGGAAGUUGCCUGUUUCUUCUUCUCCUUUUCUCUCUUAUUUAUUAACCAUGGUCUCCUAGGUUUUGUUUUCAGUUUGGGCGCUUCAGGGUUCUGUUCUGGUAAAGGUAUUGGCUAGAAAUUAUGUGCAAAUUUUCCUCUGCAGGAAGAUGUCUGAGGUGCCUCUGUGGUGUGUGUAAGUUAAAGCAGCCACGAUGAAGAAGUCUAAGCUUUGUGGUGGUGACGUAUUCCUGUUGACAUGCUGUCUCUCAUUGUAUGUGUGUGUCAUCAGGGCUACGGUCCGUCACAGAGCGAUAGAUGGACUGUCUGAGCUCACCCCCAAAUGCCUAUGACUUAGGUUACCAAUGUAUUCUUUCUCGUUGGGGGGUUUUGCUUCUGUUUGCUUAUUGGAAACCUGUGCUUCAAGUAGGGGGAAUUCUAAUUCUAAUAGCUCCUUAACUAAGUUUUAUUAUUCAGCCAAUAAAUAUGUUCUCGUAC